AAUAUUUUUUCACUCUUUGUCUGUGAAUAGUGAAUACCCUGAAACUUACAAUUACGACAAUUUUAAUGUAGGAGCAAUAAAUCUAGUUACGCUAUUACAAAGUUACGUUCAUUCAUCACACUCCGUAUUGGCUUUGACGGAAACCGGAUGGAUUUCGCGGGCUUUUUUUAAUUGUUUUCUUUGUUUUUUUUUUUCGCGUGUUUUGUGCCAGUGACAUUUAAAAAGUUUAAACAAUGAAAUUCCAAAUAUCACCAACUCUGGUGCGACAAUAUGCGGUGGUUUUAGUGGUUAACCUGUCCGUGAUAUCAACGGGCAUGAGUAUAGCAUGGCCGUCACCAAUGUUGGUGAAACUGACAGAUGUAAAUGAAACUCCUCUGGAAAGACCAAUGACGGAAAGCGAAGGUUCCUGGAUGGUGGCUUUGGGGUUCCUGUUUGGUGGUAUCAUUAACGUAGUCGGCGGAAUAUUACUAGACAUAAUCGGUCGAAAAGCCUCUGUGUUCGUAAGCUUUGUGCCAAAAUUGUCAAUGAGUAUAUUCCUCAUAUUUGCGACUAAACCGUGGAUGGUGAUAUUCGCCCGGACCGUGUUUUUGAUCGGCGAUUGUUUAGUUCUGGUUGUCGUGCCUACUUACUCUUCCGAAAUAGCCAGUAAAACACACCGCGGCGCCUUAGGAACGUUUCUACAGCUGUUCUCUUCUUUGGGCAUCUUGAUCACUCUCUCCGUUGGCCCCUUCGUCUCUUAUCAUACGUUUAGUUAUAUAUUUUGUGGAGUUAUAGUUGUGAGUUUGAUACCCUUGAUCUGUCUACCUGAAAGCCCAUAUUAUCAGUAUUCUAAAGGAAAUUAUGACGCAGCAUUAAAAUCCCUGACCACAUUUCGAGGAUCUGAAGCAUUAGCCGCAGAAGAAAUAGAAGAAUAUAAGAAAUCAACAGAAGACAACAUAAAAAUUGACAAAAUUGAAAUGCUCAAAAAUAAAGCGUUCUUAAAAUCGCUUACCCUAUGCGUUCUUCUGUUCUUUGGUUCCCAGAUGGUUGGUUACAACGCUGUGACGUUUUAUCUGCAGACGAUAUUGAUCUCUACGAACACUAGCGUAAUGCCCGAAUUGGCAUCUGUUAUUAUUGGUUUGAUACAAGUGGUUGCGAGCGCAUCUUUAACAAUUUUGACGUCGAUGUUUCAACGGAAACAGUUACUGCUGGCGUCUUUGUUUGGCUUGUUUUUGGGGAUGACGGGAUUAGGUGUGUUUUUCCAAACCCACUCUGAUGGUGAAGCUGUGACAGGCUUCAUGAAUUACUUACCAAUUAUUUCCAUGAUACCCGUCGUGUUUUGCUACAAUGCCGGUAUUGGCUCUCUAAUCUGGCCAAUAUCCACAGAACUAUUCGAAGGUCCAACCAGAGCAUUCGGCACAUCGAUCGGCAUAUUAUGUUGUCAAAGCACCGUUUUCUUUACAACUUUAUAUUUUCCCCUUGUGACGUCAGCAGUUGGCCCAGCACCAACGUAUUGGUUCUUUAGUAUUUGUUGCAUAGUUGUUGCUAUUCUGCUUGGUGUGUUUCUGCCAGAAACAAAGGAUAAAUCGUUUAGGGAAAUACAGAAUUCUUUGGGCAAUUUUAAGGAUGUCGUAAAGGACAAGGCUUAGGCUUUUCCACCAAUAUUGUGCGAGGAUGAGUAGCGAGGAAUGUGUUUGUAAAUAGCCAAUAGUAUCGCUUCAGACGCUAAAAGCUUCUUUCAAAUUUGGUAAAUUAAGCGAUAAUAAUAUAAUAUUAAUAUAUAUUAAUAUAUC